UUACUUGUUUCCAUCUUAGUUGUAGCGAAAAAUGAAUUUAUGUGUAUUUGUCGCAUGAGUUAGUUAGUAGUCGGUCUGUAUUAUUGUUAUUAAAAGUGUUCAAUUAGAUUAAAAUAUAGUUGUACAGAGACAAGUUUUAUUUGUAGUAGUGCUUAUGAACGAUAUGCAAUGCGGGGCCGUGUAAUAGCUCUAUGGUUACUACUUGGAGUAUUAUGCGCCGGUGGUAUAACUGCCAUACUGGCCUUCACCCUUAACAGAAAUCCAGGAUCUUCCUCAAUUGAUUAUGACGCAGAUUUCUGUCAGCCGCUCAUUAUCGCUCACCGUGGAGCCAGUGGCUACGUACCAGAACAUACUCUCGGCGCUUACGCUCUUGCUAUUGCAAUGGGCUCUGAAUACAUAGAACCGGAUGUCGUUAUGACGAAAGACGGGCAUCUAAUAGCGAGACAUGACAAUGAACUAGGAUUGACUACUGAUGUCGCAGAGCAUCCACAAUUUGCUACUAGAUAUCGGACGCAGUACGUCGACGGGACGUUAGUUAGAGGUUGGUUUACAGAAGACUUCACUCUUGCUGAAAUCAAAAUGUUGCGUGCUAUAGAACGUAUACCAGAAAUACGCCCGGGUAACGUUAGAAUGGACGGCAGCUUUGAAAUCCCCACUAUGCAAGAAAUUAUUGAUCUAGCAAAAGGCAUGGAAAUAAGUUACGGACGACGUAUUGGUAUCUACCCAGAAAUCAAACAUUCUACCCACUUUCAACAUCUGGGUCUCGCUAUGGAAAAACCAUUAGUAGAUCUACUUCACGAAAACGGAUACACGGGACCUGAAGCUCCCAUUUAUAUUCAAUCGUUCGAAGUCACUAAUCUAAAAGAAUUGAGUCAGAUUACUGGUAUCAGGUUAAUACAACUGCUUGGAGGAAGAAAAACAGCCCAGCCAUAUGAUCAGGUACAACUUGGUUCUGAUCUUACAUAUGGCGAUAUGGCUACUCCUGAGGGCCUACGUGACAUCGCAAGGUACGCUUAUGCAGUUGGACCUGAAAAAUCAUAUAUCAUACCUCGUGACGAAAAUAACAGGCUAGGUCAACCAACCAGUUUUGUUCGUGAUGCCCACUCAGUCAAUUUAAAAGUGCAUCCAUACACGUUUCGCGCCGAAAAUCUCUACCUGCCCGCAGAACUACAAAGCGAUGAUCCUUCGCCAUCAGCAAUCGGAAAUUUUAGAGGUGAACUCAAAGCAUUUCUGAGUACAGGAAUAGACGGCAUGUUUUCUGAUCAACCUGAUAUCUCUGUUCAAGUUAGAGGGCCCUGCGAGUGAUUUUCAUUUUCUUUCCGAGGACGCCUACGUGAAAAAUAAUGUACAUAUAUGACAUUACCACACGUGAAGUAAUUAAGUGUUAAUAGAUAAUCCUCUUAUUGUCUUAAGAACACAAUUAUGCGUUGAUAAAAGUCAAACAAAAUGACAAAUUAUCUUUAAUUUAAAUGCCAAGGACACGUGCUUAUUGUGUAUACGAAAAAAUGUUAAGUACUGAUAAUUGUUUUUAUCACUCCUAUCGACUCGUGCUAUACGAGCAGUGAAGUACAGUGAAGAUAUUAUUUGAAGAGGAAAAGUUCGUGACACAAAUAGACUCGUGUAGCACUUACUUACUCUUAUCUGUGCUCAGCGCACGAGACUACCCGCGUGGUUGAUGAAACAUCUUUGAUACACCAGUACGUCACACACAAAGUUUAUCUCAAUACACAUUGUACACUUGACUAUAAAAUUAAGUGGUAAUAAAUUGUAUUUUAAUGUUCAAUAAA